AUGACGAUGCCGGAUUCUCCCAACAAUGACGGAUUUGAUAAUCUCUUGGACAUGAUUUUUUCCGCUGAUAUGGACUUUGAACAGGCCUUUUCCAUGUAUAACAAUUUACAGGAAAAGAAUGCCAUUGGCUCUUUUGAAGAAUUGGGCAAGGUCCAGCUACUCAACUCGCAGUAUACAAGCAAUCUACCCUCCUCGAUUGACGCUGGUUCCCAUCCGCAACAAGAUCAUCACCAGAAACACCAGCAACAGCCCGCCAGCAGCCGCCAGUAUAACCCCAUACACCAUGACGAAUUUGCCCACUCAAGACAGCAAAUACUCAAUGGCGGCAGUAUUGCCAACCAGCAGCAAGAACAAAAGGUCAAUUUCAAUCUUGAACAGAACCAGGACGUUAUGGACGAGGACAUUGACGACUACGACCAGUUUUUCACCCAUACAGAGUCAAACGCAUUUGAACGGUUUUUAGACAAUUUGGCCAACCCCAAUUCUUCGGGCGACCCAUUGCAAUUUUAUAACCACCAAAACUCGCCUUCCAACCCAAACAACAACAACAACAACAACAACAACAACAAGAAGAACAGCAAUAUAUCUAGAGAAUUAGAUCUAGACUUCAACUUUGAAAUGCACACCAUGAAGGUUCCUGCUCAUUUGAGAAACAAAAACAGCCCCAAUGGCGGAUUACUAUCCCCUAGACACAUGUUGAUUCAAGACCACCAACAGCAUCCACAAUUCAUCGAACAACAACAACAACGGGAACGCGAACGUGAACUUGAGCGCGAACACCAGUUUCGCUUACCAAUGUCACAGUUGCCCAUGGUUCCACCACCGGCACAAGCAAUACCGCCUCAAAAUAUGAUCCCUCGUUUAGAAAGUCAAUAUCAUCCUCACCAAAUACCUCCACAACAGCAGCAGCAGCUAGCAACAUCUAUAAAUACGCAAAAAUUGCAUCCACAAUCACUUCCGUCUCCGCCAACUGCCGGUGACUAUAGCCAUAACCACAUCAAUGUGACUUUAAAACGCGAAUUGACGGAAGCUUUUGCACCUUCGUCGUCAUUGGAUACCAAACCUAUUAAAACAACCAAUAUCAAAACCACAAACGCUUUUAAAAACUCAAACAUCAAGCUGGAUACCAGAGCUACAACAAGUAUGACUUCAGCCAAUUCUGCAAUUUCGUCAUCGUCAGCAUCUACAUCUGCAUCUGCUGGCUCGAAAACUCUCAUUACCCCUCCAACGUCGGGCGACGAAAGCAAGAAACGCCAAAGCGAUGAGGAAGAUGAAGAUGAAGAAAGCGAUGAAGAAAACUCUACUACUUUGGUCAAGACAGAAUCAACUUGCUCAAACUCUUCCACUUCUUCAACUUCUUCUACUUUAACGCCAGGUGCAGACGAACCCAUGAAAAAGAGAAGAAGAUCAUCCAACAAGCCAUUGCUUUCACUAGAACAAAAGAGACUCAAUCAUUCCUUUUCCGAACAGAAAAGACGCCAGUUGUGUAAAUUGGCUUACCAAAGAUGUCUAGAACAAAUCAUUGAUUUGGAAGCUUUUGCUAAACUUCCCGAAUUGAAUGAAGCCGAACGCAAGUCUAAAAGAGCCAGAAUUAAUAAGGAAGGUUUGCCAAAUUUAUCAAAACAUGGUGCCUUAAUGAGGAUAAGUAACGAGAUGGAAUUGAUCAUUGGAUUGAACAAUCGGUUAAAAAAUCUCCUCAACUUGUGA